UUGAUGAAAGGGCACUGGCACUACUACCUGUACCAUGCAUUCAGGAAAUGUUUGCUUACAGCUUGGUUUUUCUUAGCCAGUUGACAAUCGACUGUAAUCUGAUAGUGCUGUAUGUCAGUCUUUUGAUUAGUUAGUUGGUGGAUGGUCAGCAAUGAUGACAAGUCAACUAAGUCUUCAUUCUAUAUUUCUGCUUGUAUGUUUGGUGCUAUCUGCUGUAGAUGAGAGUUGUUCAUAUCCAUCUAGUGCCAGAAGCAGGAAAACUGUACAGGAGGAAAGAAUUUCCCUGGAAACGGAGGAGCCAAGAAAUUGGAGACUUCCAUUUUACCCCUUUACACCGAACCUGAGUCUUAGUCCGAGUCAAUCCUUCCCCAACCAUAUCCAACGUGACCAGGCUCAGAGAGUCUUCACCCUGAGACGUGGAGCCAAAUCAGGGACCAAGCUGACAGAAGUCCUCUUUGAUGGAGAGAAUCUUGAGCCUGUCAACAGUGGCCAACAGGGCAUGGUACAGUCUGUGCGUGGUGACUAUGUCCAAAAGGAGAUCCAUCACCCCCAGCGUCGGACUGUUUUUAGAGUGAGCAGCAAGAACCUUGACAAGAGUAACUCUCCAGCAAUCCUCAGUGAUGACUUGCCUCACAAACAUUUCCCAGGAGAUGUUUCCUCUAACGAUGCUUUCAAUAGACCCCCGUUUCACCCUAGUGCUCCCCAGAGAGAAAAUGGAUUGGAGACUGCAGACCCUCAGGAGUCUGACCAACUGUAUAUCCAAGAACCUAACUCUGUGAGAGCUGUUGUUAAACCUAUUCCUGUCCCCAUAACCUCUCAACCUUUCUCGGAUUCUCCAAUAUCUUUCCGGAGGGGGACAUUUUCAAGUACCUCUGAACCUAUUAAGGUAGCUCGUUACCACAGCACCUACUCAUUGAGUGACCUAGGUAGCCCAAUUGUCCCGGGAACCUUAGGCACCUCUGGUAACUUUCAGCCUGUUAAAACCCCUGUGAUCCAAGGUGGCAAUGUUGUAACCAAUAGUUUGCACCCCGCUGGUGAAAGACGUGGCUCUCCUGUCGCUGAUCACCCCCACAUCCAGAUCCAAUGGUCUGAAAACCCUUUGAGCAAGACGGCUAUUGAAGGAGAAAAGUCAGUUAACACACUUGCUGACACCUCUCCUACCCAAAGUGAGAGAAACCCCAGCGUUGGAGAAUCUGGUUUGUCCACAAAUGUCAAAGGGGACUAUGGCCAGACUGGUUCUAUGGGUUACCCUAGGUCCUUUAAGUCUGGCAAUAGACAACAAGCACCAGAGCACCAGUCAGCUGUGAGCCAGUCAGCUUCUUUGGAAGAAUCUGAACUUACUCCUAGUGUCACACAACCCUUCCAUCGCAGUGCUAACUUUGCCCACACUGGAGGUCUCCCUGGAAACUAUUCUUCCAAUAAAAUAGCUGGUCCUCAGGCUAGAAGUGCUUUCAGCAGAUUUCUUCCUGGUAGUAGGUUUGGCUUUUUCUGGAAUGCAUUAACGAAACCCAUGCAAAAUAUGCCUCCAAAAAGAAAAACUGCUCCUUCUAUCCUUGCCCCAAAUCAAUCAAGAACGAAGAGUAGGCCGGUCUCUUGGGGGAAUAGCCUUGUGCUAAGAAACUCAUCCAGCUCUCUGACCAGAGGACCCACAGGCAAUUACAAACUUGGAAAAUCCACAAGCAUUAACACACUGUUUGGGUUCAAAGGGUUCCAGUAUCAAGCUCCCAAGAUAUUGGCAUCUAUUAAAAGUGAAGAAGACCAUCCUGUUCUUGUGGUCAGAGAUUCCAUUAACACCAAUCACGCAAAUAAUCAAUAUAUUGGCUGGAGAGAGAGUCUUGGUACAUCUAGGGGCAUAAAUAUGGGUUCUGUCAGUAGGUAUCCACCUGUAUUAAAAAAAUAUGGUUUUCGCCCUAUUAAUAAAGAAGUUCCCAUUUCAGAUUCCCCUGUCCCAAGCAUUAUUCUAACCACAGCCACAUUCAGUUCAGAACCACAAAAAGUGCAAUCUAUGUCAGUGGAAGACAGCCUAGUCUCUAGGAAUACUGAGUCUGCACAUGGUGACAGUGACCACAGAAAUGUGCAAGGUAGCCUUGAUGUGGUAAAGUCUGACACAGACUCUGUGUAUGUGAACCACAGCUCUGAUUCCCCAGCUCCCAGGCAACAUGUGAGCUCCACCCAAAACACAAUACCUGAUUCUAUAACCUCAACUGCUUUCAAGCCCGAAGUGAGAUUCAAAAAGUUUGAGUUUGUAAUGAAUAAAGAGUCCAACGGUUUCAGGAACAAACAGAACAGAAGUAGUUUAGACAUUAAGAGUGCAGGGGAAACGAAACCCUCAGUCAGGCAGGUUGAACCAACCCCUCCUGAAAUCCAGCCAACCUCCAUUACUACAACAGCCACACAGAGCCUAUAUGUCCACAGUGGUGGCCCAAGUGGUGAUACAUCUCAUAAAACUGGAGAUGACAAGUCAUAUGAUGAAAACAAGUCAACUGCACAGUACACAGAAACAGAGAAACUUUUGAGCAAACACUUUAGGUAUAAAUCUGGUGCCCUCUCAAAACGACCUAAUGGCUAUGCUGAUAUGGGCCUCCAAAUACUCAAAAACAAAGCGGGAACAACUCCGGACAAAGAUGCUGACCUCCGUGGCCCAACGGUUUCUCCCAUCACAGAGGUUCUCCCUUUGUCUGGAUCAAAAGGAGACCCCAUAGAACAUCCACCCCGAGGAGCAUUCAGUUAUUCUGCCAACGUCCACUUGGGACCUGCCAACGUCCACACGGGGCCUGCCAACGUCCACACGGGGCCUGCCAACGUCCACACGGGGCCUGCCAACGUCCACACGGGGCCUGCCAACGUCCACACGGGGCCUGCCAACGUCCACUCGGGACCUGCCAACGUCCACUCGGGACCUGCCAACGUCCACUCUGGGCCUGCCAACGUCCACUCUGGGCCUGCCAACGUCCACUCGGGGCCUGCCAACGUCCACUCGGGGCCUGCCAACGUCCACAUGGGACCGGUGAGGGUACAAGUCCUCCCCCGUAGUCGCAACCCCACCGGCAGGGUCGUAAAGGGAAAAACAUUUAAGGAAAAUGUCCCUUCCUCCUCCGUUGCCCUCUCUCCCCCGAACAACGCUGCCUCCCCAUCCGUCCUCAGGCUGGGUGAACACGGGCCCAUGAGGUUCAAGGCUGUUCAGUUUGAUGACAUCCUAGGAAGUGCCUCUUUCAGUGGGGUCCGACAGAGCGGAGGCUCCAGGCCCACUGUGCAGCCGACAGCCAACACCUUUACGACCGUGUCAAGUCACGGCGGAGGUGCCCGGGACCGAUGGUUGGGGUCAACACAAGGUAAAGGGGGGAAACCCAGAGAUGUGCCACUCCCACCCGUCCCAAGUAACAAAGAUGCUGGUCAGAGUGGGGAGGGGCAUGCCAGCAACGUCCAAGAAAACGUCCGAAGUAUGGAAGGGUAUUUCGGUAGCAUUAAAGGAGGGAUGGGAAGGAAAGAAAAUCCCAGUAGGUCAUAUGUGUCCUCUGUAGGCUCUGCUGAUAAUCCCUCAGGGAAUCCCAGUCAAUCAGAAGAUUUGUCUGAAAUGAACUAUUUGAGGACAUCUGCAGGUAAUCUUUUCUUCAAGUCAAUAAAGUCUGCUUUGACUGCAUGAAAGAUGUGACCUGACCUCCCUAGACCUACUUCUAAGUAUUUAUUCAGAACACGGUUGAACUUUAUAAAUUUGAGGAUGUAUAAUAAAGGUUCUUACUUUCA